CGCGUGCGCAUAAUGUUGAGCCAUAUGUUCCGCAGAAGUCUAUCCGCACACCCAAAAAUAAAUUGGCUACCUUGAUAAGCGUGACAUUCCCUCCUAUCGCUACCCCAAUCUCGACCCUACCCGAAACACUCCCUCUCGCUCACAAACAUGGUUUCUCUCAUGUUUCCUGAUAUGGGCCCCGGGUUUGGCGCCAUCCUAGGCAUGGGGGGAUCGUGCUUUGUGUCGUACGUCGAUGAGGGCACCGUCCAUAAGAGCUACGAGAUCUGGGUAGACGGACGGCGGCGGUCAUACUACCCGGAAGGCUGUGAGGAGGACCUGACGCGUGAAUAUGCCAUCUACAAACACCUCGGCAAGCACGAUCGCAUCUUGCGCUGCUUCGGCCUCGACGAGAUCCGCCGCCCAAGCGUGCACGCGCUACGCCUUGAGCUAGCGCCGCUAGGCACCGUACGCGACCUUAUCCAGAAGAAGCUUCCUAGCGACCCGCUACCCGAGCAGACGCGGCUACAGAUGUGUCGCGACGUUGCUGAUGGGCUCGCCUACGUCCACUCACGGCGCGUGUGGCACUCAGACAUCAGUUGCCGGAACCUUAUGCUCUUUGAUGGCUACCGCGUCAAGAUUGGCGACUUUGGCGGGUCCAUCAUCGGGGGCCGCGAGUCAUCGUUCCCAGUCACGGUGGCCGAGGAGGCUCAGUACAAGCUACCGUGUCGUGGACGGGAUAUGCACGAGCGGCCGAUUAUGAAAAGGGAGCUUUUCGCGCUCGGAUCGUGCAUGUACGAGAUUAUGGCCUGGAUGCGGCCGUUCCAGGGCCUACGCGAUAGUGAGGUGACCAAGCGAUACGAACGCAGCGAGUUCCCGUCUCUGGAUGGCAUCCCAGUCACGGCCGCGCAGGCUGUCUGGAACUGUUGGCACGAGGUCUAUGACUGUGCAGACGAGGUGGUUGAGUUGUUAAAGAACGAUUGCCAAGUAUCGGAGGGGAGGCAACGUCCAACUCUAGCGGAGGAGGAGUAGUAGGCAGUAGAAGAAUGGAGGCUCGCUCCUGGACAGGCGUGGUCCGUGCGAGCUUUUGGGACAGCGCCUCACAGCGACACUCCUCACAGCAAGCCGACCGGAAGCCAACCCAGGGCUCAUGGAUAGGCGAAGGGCGCAUGGCAGUCCUGACACGAUGCCUUAUCACGCAACGGAGACAGCUUAACUCUUGCCAAAAUGGGAUAUUUGUAUUCUGUCCACGCAAACCC